AUGGCCCUCUCCUUACCGAUUAUUCUCCUAUUUGUAACCUCCCUUUGGGCCCUUGCAGGUUACGCAACAGCAAAGUCGAGAAGGAAGCGCACCCUCCCCUUUCCACCGGGCCCAUAUGGGCUGCCUUUCCUAGGCGCUGCUCUUCAGGUUAACGCUGACAACCCAUGGCUGACGUAUGUGCAGUGGGCAGCCAAGUAUGGCGAUAUCGUCAGCUGUCUCUUACUCGGCACACAGGUGAUAGUCUUGAAUUCUGAAGAAGUCGCAGACGACCUCCUCGAGCGACGCUCUCGAAUAUACUCUGACAGACCUGAGAUGUCCACAACUACCUUGUCCGGAUGGGACUUCAACUUUGGAUUUGAUCGCUACGAUGAUAAGUGGCGUUUAAAUCGACGACUUUUCCAGCAAUCCUUCCGUGAGAAGAAGGUGCAAGAUUACUGGUCAACACAGCGCGCCGCCGCCCAUCGUCUUCUGCUGAACAUAGGUAGCAACCCUGCGGAAAAGCUCUGGGACCUCUUCCAGUUAUGUACAUCGUCUACAAUCCUGUCCACAGUGUACGGCUACGACGCCACCACGCUUGACGACCCAUUGUUUCACAUCGGCUCCAAGACGAUCGCGACCGGCAUACCACUCGUGAAGGCCGAGAAAACGAUAAUCGUUGACACCUUUCCCUUCGUCAAAUAUUUACCGGCAUGGGCACCUGGAACGUCCAUCUUCCGAGGAGCUGAGAUUGCAAAACCCUGGGCACAGCAGUUUGUCGAUGUUCCGUACAAUUUUACGAUGGAGAAAAUGCGUUCCAACCCUGACUUUCCUUGUGUACUUUCAGAGACGAUUCGAAGCGGCGAGGAGAGUGGCCAGAGCAUACCUGUGAUUAACUUGAAGCAGUUCGCUGCUACUGCUUUUAUUGGUGGCGCUGAAUCGUCGUCGAGCGUGCUACAGACACUCGUCCUAGCCAUGUUAAAAAACCCUGCAGUUCAGAGACGCGCGCAGGCUGACAUUCAGUCCGUCAUUGGCGACGAUCGCUUGCCCACGUUUGAAGAUCGGCCUUCGCUCCCCUACAUCGACGCCGUGCUCCGGGAAGUGAUGAGAUGGAACCCGCAUCAGGAAAACGACAGCUGCCUUAUCGGGAAAUUAUGCGCCGCUUAG